AUGGUUCAUUCAUUUUCUGUAAAUAGUUUGAAACAUGUGAACAACAAUAACAACAAUGAAGAAGAAUAUGGUCGAAUUGUGGUGAAACAAUUGGAUGAACCUCGAAGUCAAUUUAUUGUCAAGUUGAAGGAGUUUACAAAGGAAUCCAAUGAAGAUGAACCACAAACAAAGCGGUUGGAUGAAACUCAAACCCAAGCAGAGUGGAUUCAGUCGAUUGUGAUGAAAUCUGGAAAACCUUUGGGAUUUUCGAAUGUCUUUGCGGUGGUUGCCAAAACGUCAGAAAUCAUUUCACAUGUUUCAUCUUUAUCUUCCAACAAAGCCAUUGAAUGGAUUUCUGAGUAUGAACCAAGAUUCAAAAGUGCUUUGAAUUUUCCAAAAAUUCAACAACUCGCUCAAGUACAACUUCACACUUUGAAAGAACUUGAGACGACCUUUGAAACUUCCAAUUCUGUCGAUGGAGAGAAUAACAAUUUAAUCAAUGUCCUUAUUACCAUCCUUCCAUCUCUGGACGCCAUUCUCGUCCAUCAGGAACUCGAAGAAGCUCAUCUCAUUGCUAAUGAACUGAAUUCCAAACUUACAGAACAACUAUCCAAACAGCAACUUAGUUGGAACAAUGAUCCUUCCAUCAUGAUUUCUCCCAUUCAAGUUUCUUCAAAGGAUAAACUGGAAAUGAGUUUCUCUCCACUCGUUGCUGAAUUAGUGGGUGACAUUUUGAAAGAACAUGCACAUCUUCAUUUCAUUGAAAGAAAACAAGAUAUUGAAUUGUUGAAUAAGAAAUCGAGUGUCACGAUGCAAGGAUUUGGUCCUUCUCCAAGUGUAGGAAUGUCUGCCACUCCAUUCUAUGACAUGGGAAUUUUAGGAAAUGGACAAAUUGUCGGAGUUUCUGAUUCUGGAAUUGAUUGGGACAAUUGUUUAUUUAGAGAUGCAAACAAUCCCAUUGUGAAAACCAAUAAUGUCAAUAUGAAUCAUCGUAAAAUUGUUGGAUAUGACACAGUGACUGUUUAUUCAAAGUCUGGAAACUUCUCUUCUGAUGGUCAAGAUGAAGUCGAUGGACAUGGAACUCACAUCGCUGGUUCUAUAUGUGGAAGUAUUCAAAAUUUGUCAUUCAAUUCGAGUGCCAAUCAAAUCCAACAAUAUCAUGGAAUGGCUCCCAACGCAAGACUUUAUUUUACAGAUUUACAAAUAACAGGAAAUCCAAAAUUUUUAUUUCCUGCUUCGUAUCAAAAUGACAUUUUCAAACCAGCGCACAAGAGUGGAGCAAGAAUCUUUUCAAAUUCUUGGGACAUCAAUAGUCCUAAAAAAUACUUUUCUUGUCGUUACGAUUGUAAAGAAUGUGUGUGGAGGAUUUCAGCAUAUGGUUAUAGAGCUGGAUUGAAAGUGACAGAUGCAACUUGUCGAACCUUUUUUGGAAGUGAUACCUGUUGCUCUAUUUCUAAUCAAUAUAAUUCUCAAUGUCAAGAUGUGGACCAAACAUUAUGGAAUUAUCAAGAUAGUAUCAUUCUUUUUGCACAGGGAAAUAUAGGAGAAAUGUCUUCGAAAGGAAAUGUUGCAGCUCCUUCAACAGCAAAGAAUGCAAUCUCUGUGGGCGCCAGUAUGAACUUACAUUCUACAUUUGAGGAAUCAAUGUAUUAUGAAGAUUUUAAAAACGUCAUUCAAAAGUCUGGUUUUAAAUUCUCAACUACUGAAGAAUGUUGUGCCUAUAAUGGAAAAGAUAAUGAUUUAGUCUCAUCAAGAGGGCCAGCAAUAGGUAAUCAUAUCAAACCUGACGUGACAGGAAUUGGUUACAACGUUGUGAGUGCCCAUUCCGAUGGGAACAUCACCACCAAUCAAUGCAGAACCAUUUCUCCAACUCUUGGAAAUACAGCUGCUUUCAUGACCGGUCUAGGAACCUCAAUGGCCACUCCAUUGGUUGCUGGAGCCGCUGCUUUAUUGAGAGAGUUUUUCCAAACCAAAAUGAACAUCUCGAACCCAUCAGGUCCCUUAUUGAAAGCUGCUCUCGUUCAUAGCUCCAUUCCCAUGAAUGGAACUGUCGCUUAUUCCAACGAUGAAACUCAACGUUUCAAACUCUCAGAUUUAGGAAGUCCAAACUCGUACGAAGGAUUUGGAAGAGUUUAUUUGGGAAGUUUGUUACAAAAUCAAGAUGGUACUCCCUUGACAAUUCUCGUCCAAGAAAAAUCAUUUUCGAACCUUUCAGAUUCUCUCAAACUAUGUUUCAAGAGAAAACAGAACAAGUCAAUGAUUCAAACUUCACCCAUCUUUAAGGCCACUCUUGCAUGGUAUGAUUAUCCAGGAAGUGUUGCGGUGGCGCCUCAACUUUUGAGUGAUUUGAAUUUAUUCAUCAACACCUAUGUAAGAGGCAGCAGUAAUGGUGGUGGCCGUGGCUCAUCGUCCACCAAAACAGUUUCAAAACUCUCCGUGAUUGCUGGAAAUUAUGGAGACCGAGUGGACACGACGAAUAAUGUGGAGAGAGUGGUGGUGAUGGAUCAAUUACCUCAUACAUCCUCGAAAGAUCAAUCCGUCUAUGUCAUUGUAGCAGUGUAUGUGUCCAAAAUCUUGAAAGCAGAAAAACAACCUUUUGCUCUCGUAUUGACCUAUCCGAAAGAAAUGUUUGGGGCAGUGGAUUCCAAAGACCCUUCGUGUGUCUAUUCCACUGAUUUUCCAACCACACUGACUCUUUCGGAAGGAGCUAUUGUUGGAAUUGUGAUUGGAGUAGUCCUGUUGGGAGUGUUGAUUGUUGAUCUUGUGGCAUUGAUGCGUUUUGCUGUGAUGCAGAUCUCUUUUUCCACAAAAAGAGCUGAAUCUCAAGGUAGAGAAGUGACUAAGAUUGAAAAAGUCAAACUCCAUGAUAAUUUAUAA